GGUUGUACUUCUCAAUUCUACUCUUUUCAGUCUACAGGUAACAAGGAAGUCACUAUCUCAAGUUAUCCAAUAUGGAAAAGGAGUGCCUAGCUGUCCAGGAACAUCAUUAUGUGAAAAAUAAAUGUGAAGAUGGGGUCUUAGAAGAAGUGUGUAAUAGAAAGGAGGGGAUAAAUCCCACACAGCACUGGGGACUCCUCUUAAUGAAUGGAAUAGAUGUUGAUGAAGAACACUGUAUAUGGAGGUCUGAACAUCUUGAAGAUGAGAGUGUCUGCAUGAACAACAAGGAGCAAGAAGAUUGUGAAGAUGGACCUAUGGACUUUACGGUAGAUCACAAGCUAGUGCCUUACAACCCCAAUGUGGAAAAAAGCAAAGCUGUCAAUGACAUAAAGGAAGAAAAUCUCAAAUGUAAAUCUGAAAGGCAGGAUUUUUAUUCAGAUGAAGAGGCUCCUGGAUUAGGAUUCACACCCAGCAGUCACCGCUCCCUACAGCAUCGCUCUGUCCAUGAGAAGCCGCAAUCUGACAUGAAGAGGUCUGCCAAAGAAUCAGGUUCAAGGCCUUCUGAAGAAGUUUUACAAGACAAUUACAGCUUCAUAUUAUCCUCAUUGGCUCAGACAUCUCCUCCGUACACAUCUCAACAGACAUCCGGUGAUGAGGAUAUGAAGAAACUGAAAUCUGGAUCAGAGAGUUUGACACCUGCUUCUUUGCAAAAUGUUUCUCUGCCAGUGAUGAAUCCGACAACGGUGUUUGUGACCACCCCACAAAUUCAGAUACACAAUUUAGACUCAGCCACCAUCCACCAAGAUCAGGUGAAAUGGAUUAAAAGCAAAUCUGAAUCUAGAAAUGAUCAUCUGAAUCAAACACCACAUAAACUUUACCAGUGUUUGGAAUCUGGCAAACGAUUCACACAAAUAGACAGCCUUCACAUCCAUACAAGAAUUCACAGUGGAGAGAAGCCAUAUUGUUGUUCUGAAUGUGACAAAAAGUUCACCAGCAGAAGUGGUUUUUGCUAUCACAGAAGAGUUCACACUGGAGAAAAGCCAUAUUGUUGUUCCGAAUGUGGUAAAAGAUUUAACCACACUAGCAGCCUUCAGAAACAUAAAAGAACUCACACUGGAAUUAAGCCAUAUCGUCGUUCAGAGUGUGGUAAAGGAUUGGUCUCCAGUAAAUCCCUUAAGGAGCACAGAAGGACUCAUACUGGAGAGAAGCCACAUUGCUGUUCUGAAUGUGAUAAACGAUGCACCACUGCCUCAAACCUUCGAAUCCAUGAAAGAACUCAUACUGGAGAGAAGCAAUAUUGUUGUUCUGAAUGUAACAAACAAUUCACCACUGCCUCAUACCUUCAAAUCCACAAAAGAAUUCACACUGGAGAGAAGCCAUAUUCUUGCUCUGAAUGUGGCAAACAGUUCACCAGCCAUAGUGGCUUUUUGUAUCACAGAAAAGUUCACACUGGAGAGAAGCCAUAUUGUUGUUCUGAUUGUAACAAACAAUUCACCACUGCCUCAUACCUUCAAGUCCACAAAAGAAUUCACACUGGAGAGAAGCCAUAUUGUUGUUCUGAAUGUGGUAAAAUAUUUAACCACACUAGCAGCUUUCAGAAACAUAAAAGAAUUCACAAUGGAAUUAAACCAUAUCGUUGUCCAGAGUGUGGUAAAGGAUUGGCCUCCAGUAAAUCCCUUCAGGACCACAGAAAGACUCAUACUGGAGAGAAGCCAUAUUGUUGUUCUGAAUGUGACAGACGAUUCACCACUGCCUCAAACCUUCGAUUCCACAAAAGAGCUCACACUGGAGAGAAAACAUAUUAUUGUUCCGAAUGUGGUAAAGGAUUUAACUUCAUUGAUCGUCUUCAGGAGCACAGUAAAAUUCAUACUGGAGAGAAGCCAUAUUGUUGUUCUGAAUGUGACAAACAAUUCACCAGUGCCUCAUACCUUCAAGUCCACAAAAGAAUUCACACUGGAAAGAAGCCAUAUUGUUGCUCUGAAUGUGGCAAACAGUUCAACGGCAAAAGUGGCCUUUUGUAUCACAGAAGAGUACACACUGGAGAAAAGCCAUAUUGUUGUUCUGAUUGUAACAAACAAUUCACCACUGCCUCAUACCUUCAAAUCCACAAACGAAUUCACACUGGAGAGAAGCCAUAUUGUUGUUCUGAAUGUGGUAAAAGAUUUAUCAGUGCUAACCACCUUUUUAAGCACAAAAUAAUUCACACUGGAGAGAAGCCAUAUUGUUGUUCUGAAUGUGGUAAACAGUUCACCAGCAGUGAAGGCCUUCGGAACCACAAAAGACUUCACACCGGAGAAAAGACAUUUUGGUGUUCCGAAUGUGGUAAAAGAUUUACCAGGGCUAGCAACUUUCAAAAGCACAAAAAAAUUCACACCAAUACCACCUGAUGAAAAAAACAUAUACUAUAAAAUGUAAUAUACUUUUAAAAGAAAAACAGUCUAAGAAAGCAUGUAAAAUAGAAGUAUCAGCUCCUAAUGGCUACUCAGUACUAAGAAUAGAAAGGAAGAAAUAACAGAGUAUCAGGAAACGCACUCCAAGACAUUCCAAAUGUAGAACAAAACAACAGAAAUAGUUCCCAUUGUGCUGAGAACAACAGGACUAAUUAAAAAAAAAUGUAAGACCCAUCUUGACAUCGUACCAACUAUCAUUACUCCAUGUGAAUUGCAGAACAAAGCAUUAUUAAGAUCAAUGCAGGUGCUACGCCGAGACAUCGCUGCAAACUUUAAAGGGUAAGAAAUGAAGCAGUACAACUGAACAGUAAUCACUAAAGAGUGAAAUCCACUCCUGUCUUGAUAGCAACAACACCAAGAAUAUUUGAGAGAGACACUAAGACAAAUUGU